AUGGAAGCAAAAGAUGUGUGCAUCGAAAUAGAAAACGAUGAGUUUUACAGCAAGUUCUUAGUAGAUUCAGUGAAACCAAUUAUAGGGGAAAAUAUAUCCGUCAGUGACCAAGUAAACAAGCUCGCUGUGGGGAUUGAAAAGUUAACGAAGAGUUUGGAAAAACAAGUGCUAGAUAAACAUAACGACCUUCUAACUCAAGCAAGCCAUAUCUCAGAUUUAGAAGCUAUGCUGGAGUCUGUGAGGGGUCAAGUACAAAAUUUAUUAAAAGGCGCCGAAAAACUAAAAGAUCGUGUACACUCACCUUAUUCUGCUCUCGAAAAGCAAACUAUGAUGCUAGAAAGAGUUCAAAUAACGUGUAACUUACUUCGACACACUUCGAAAAUAUUAGUUUUAUGGAAUAAACUAUCUUCUGUUAAAGAUAACCCAGCCAAGGAAGCCAUGAUUAUUUUUGAGUUAAAUGAAUUAAUAGGUGAUUAUAAUUUUGAAGGUAUAACCAUACUUGAUGAAGUUGUUAAACAAGUAGAAUGCAGAAAGACUGACUUACUGAACAAUGCUACAGAUUUAUUGCAGUCAAGUUUGUUGAGUGGUGAUAAGACAAAGCUUUUACAGUGUUUUAAAGUAUUUCAUAAUCUACAAUGCACUGAAGAACAAAUAAAAAGUACAGUGGACAGUAUUCUUAUUGAUUUGAGAAAGGAGAUUAGCACAGCCUUGAAUGUACAGAUGGUAUCAAUUGAAGUAAAAAAAUCAAGUUCAGGCCGUGUUGCUCCUGGAAAAGCUAAUAUCAUGAAUGCUCAUGAUUUCAAAAUUAAACUAUGGGACAAUAUAGAAAAACUCUUCAAAGUAGACAUUUACAACAGUUGCACAAAGGUAGUAAUGCUGCAAAAUGUUGUGAAUGAGUUGCAUGCAAUUGGAAAUUUUAGAAAUAUAUCAAAACACUUCUGGAACAAUCUAUUUUUGAUCUUCAGUGCUGAGUUAGAAAAGAGCUCUUUGACUGUCAAUCAGUCUGUUGAAAUUGACUUCCCUAAACUGUUGAAAUGUUUCAAUGAAUUAUUAUCCCGACUCAAAUGCAGGGACUUAGAAAUGAAUCGCUCUAGCCUCAGUAGAUGGGAAAAUGCUUUCUUGUCAAAGUCACUAGGAAAGUUACUUGAACCUGUUAGAACUAUGUGGCAUUUGAACCAAGUACCAAAUAUGGAUCAGAUAGACAAUGCAGUAAGGGUUAUAGCAGAAGCAUUGAGCAUAUCACUUGGUGAUAAGCAAUUAAGCAUAAGCUUGGCUAAUAGUGUUGCUAAAAGCAUUAAGCAGAUGAAUAUGGAAGCAGAACAAAGAAUAUCAUUAGAUAGUGAUGUAGCCCAAAUCAUGGAACCACCAACUAGUGCCCAACAAAAGAAUGCUGACUUAUGCAACACAUUAUGUUACUUCUCAUCACAAAUAAAGAGAGUCCUUAUGAACAUGAACUCCAUGCUUCCUCAGGAAAGCAUACAGAUAGUGCAGAACAGUUUAAAAGAUAUAUCAAGUAUGCCUGUAUUGCAGCUUUUUGCUGAAACAAUAAAAAACUCUCUCUUCCUCAUUUUAAUGACAAUGCAUGAUGAACCAGACCUAACCAGAGGCGAUGAUCCAACAAACAAGUCCUUGUCCUGUUCGCCUUAUAUGAAAGAACUCCAACAAUUUGUAUCCAGAUGCAAAGACAUCUACCUCUCAAUGUUCCAAGAGAAAUCGGCCCUCAAUGAUUGCUGCGUUAACAUUUCUAAAGCAUGUGUUGAGCGUUUCAUUCAGCAUGUUUGUGUUGUCAGACCGUUAACAAAAUUUGGUCGAGUGAAGCUGCAAAUUGACUGUCAGCAGUUAGAGACUGCAUUGUCUCCGUUAGUUAAUGACAUAACAGAAUUAGGUGAUCAUUAUAGGCAGUUGAAAGCUUUGCAAUUACUUUUUGGGAAAACACCACAAGAAAUAGCUAAGAGCCAAUGCGAGGGUGCUUCACUGCCUUACUCUAUGGUUAUGAUGUUUUUGUUUUCAUUUGCUGGGCCCCAGCUCAUCGCACCACAUACUUGUGCUGGUUGGAAUAUUCAGAAGUUAAUGCAUUGGCUAGACUCCCAUAGGAAUGAAUGGGAUAGACUUGAGUUUGUGGCUGGGGCAUUACAGAGAUACCAAAAUCAUGUACGUCAAAGUCAAAUAGUGGCAUAUGAUGAAGUAUAUCCAAUUUUAUUGCAGCUCUUAGAAAAUGGAAGAAACUCUUUAAAGAAGUAA